AUGUUAUGGCUGCUCUCCAUGAGAUUCCUUCUCGUCACCUCCCUCGUCGCCUGGUGGUUUAAACGACCCAACGCCAACUUCUUUCAGACCCUGCUGCUCUCCCUUGCCACUCUUGUCACCUUUUGGGUCGUCGCCCCCAACUACGCCGCAUCUUCUUUUGCCUGGUCUCUCGAUCAUUCGCGCGAGCUCUUCUGGUACCUGCAGCUCGACACCCUGUUGCUGGGCCAUGCCAAUAUGCUCGUCACCCUCGGCGCAGUCGUGUGGCUGUUGAACCGCACCUGGCAGACGCUCUGGAAACCCACAUCCGACCUCAUCAGCAUCCUCGGCGUGGACGUCCCCGAACCGCCCGAUGUCUCCCUCGCCGGCAUUCGCGCCGACGCUGCCACGUUGAGCUGGACUCGCCCUGCCAGCAACCGGCCCGUCCAGAAGUUCCUCAUUCAAGUCAACGGUGUCAAUGUCGGCGAGUCGAGGCCCGAGGAGACCGCCAUCACCGUCACCGGCUUGCGACCCAACCACUGCUACAACGUUCGCGUCAUCGCCGUGGGACCUAACAACUUUCAGGCUGGCAGCCCCAUGAUCCGAUUGCGAACCUACAAGUGCGAUGGACGCCCCGAACUCGGCAACUCGCGCGUGCCCGACAGCUUUCAGGACCAGGGAUCACGCGCCGGUCAAUCACAAGCCGCCGAGGACACCACCGGCCGCACCCCGGUUCCCUCUAUCGAAGCUGCACCAUCCGUCGAUGGCGUGUCCGCGCCUCCGCGCGAAGGCACGUCGACAGCGCCUGGCCAGCGGCGCAACACAUUGAACAGACGCCAUUCACCCUCGGUAGCGAGCCAGGAUCAACCAGUCAUCAAGAUGCCCUACAACAGCGACCGUCCCGAACCGUCCCUGAAGGAGCUCGCCGAUGCGCUCGAAAAGACGCGGAGAGAGAUUGACGAAACACUGGCGCAAUACAGUCAGGAAGAAGCCGACUUCAAGAAGAUGCAGGAAUCGUUGCGGAAGGAAAAGGAAAAGAAGAAGCAAACACACAAGGAGAAGGAUGAUCAGACGACGCAGCUGAAGCAGAAGGUUAAAGCGACCUAUGAACAGAUGCGCCAGACGAACAAGGAAAAGGCUAGAAAGGAGAGUGUCCUCAAGGAGAAGCAGGACAAGCGGAGGAAGAUGAGCGAGACGGUCGACAAGUGCAACACAGACGUCGGCACGAUGAAGAAAUCUAGGGACGGCUUCUCGAGCGAGCGCGAACAUGUGCAGCAGGACCGCGACCUCCAGGUGAAGCAUCUCAGCGAGGAGAAUGCUGCCCUGCAAGAAGAGUUUGCGCAGCUGGAAGCCGAGUACAAGGAAAGGAAAGAACAGCUGAAAGAGCUAGAGGAUGACCGAAAACAAUUGCCAGGAGGCGAGGAAGAUGAGCGCUGGAAGGAGGAGGACCGAAAGAUGCGACGAGAUUUUGACUUGCGACGCCGGGAGCUGCAGAGCCAACUUAUCAUGGAGGACCGCCGCGCGCAGCAGAUCGAGAACCACAUUCACGUCCUCCACACCCAGGUCUAUACUCAGCAGCAGUCCGGUCUACAACUGUAUGGUCAGGCCAAUUCGUCUGGUGUUGACUUCGAUCAGAACAUGUCCACCCAAGUCAAGAGGAGAAGCAGAGCCAGCAACAACUCGGCACACGGCAUCAGCAUGCCUUCGCCCCCGGGGCAGUUCGCCUCUGCAGAGCCUAUCUUCCCCUCCUCUCUCGGACUCAGCCACGUUGGGUUCGCCCCGGGUCCUUUCAUGGACAUGUCAGCCGAACCUAUCGGCAUCGACCAGUCAACAUUCAGCGAUGCCGAGAUCAAGGCUCUUACUGGCGGCGCGCCCCUCAGCCCGACGGCAACGGCACUUCUCCCCUCGGGUAUCCUGAUGGAUAUGGAUAUGGACGAUGAUGACCCUCCAAGCCCGAUUUCAGAUUCUCGGAAGAGUCCGGCAGUCCCCGACUUUGCUAACGACACACAUUCUCCCGCGUCCUCUGGCCGACAUAGCUACGUUUCCAGCCCCCACAACUCUAGCUACAACCUGCCCUUCACCCUGCACCAUCCGGAUUCGUUCGACCGCAGAUCUAUUCACGAUGUCACCUCCUCACCUGGCCCACCCCCCGCCUCAAGUCACCGCCUCACCAACCUGCUCGCAAGUUUCAAUCGCAACCGAGGUGUCAAGGACGCAACCACGGAUGCUGGACCGGCUCUUGGAAGUCUGAAGCACGGUCAGAGCCAGUCCUUCCCCAGACAGACCGAAGAAGACAGCAAGCGCAAAAUUAGCUUUUCGUCAAAUUGGUUCAACAGAGCUGCGCCCGGUGCCGAGUCUUCCGGCGAGGGGAUGCUGCAUAGCUCAAAGCUUGCCAAGCGUCUCAAUCCGUUCGGAAGCUCGUCAAACGCCUUCGCAGACCGCAUACCGAGCAGCCCACGACCAGCGUCCAUCGCUUCAGCUGAUCUUCCCAGACCGUCUACUGACAGUGGCUCCAUCUGGGGGGCCCCUGGCGAUAACUUCAACAAGAGCCGCAUUUGGUCGCCGGAUGUCUUAUGGCAGGGUUCUCGGAACCCAUCUCGACGCCCAUCAAUCCAUGGAUCUCCAGCUGCUCUCAAGACAACACUUGCCUCAGCUGACGAUGAGAUCCUCGAUGAAGAGGCUCUUCUGAACCCGCAGGUGUCUCCCAGCCAAGUCGGUGUUAUCGGCAGCCGCCCUCCGCCAAAGUCCAAAGCCAAAGCACAGGCUCAGAUGCUAUCCGAUGCCGAUGCACUCAACCAGCAGCUCAAUCCCAACGCUCCCACGUUCAUGGCCGGCUUGUUCCGUCCUAAGGAUAAAGACACAGAUGGCGCAAAGGAUAAGACCAAGGGCAAGGCUAAAGAUAAGAGCAAGGCCACGACUCCGAGCCUAGAGGCACCGCCCAUGUUUGACGAGUCUCCUACCGACUCGCGCAAGUCUCGUGAUGCCUUCUCGGUACACACGCAAACGUCUGUAUCGGUCACCGAGUCCCGCGAGUCGCUCUCUCUGGAGCGCACCUUUUCCAACACACCGUCGGACAACCACUCCUCCGGCGCACCGUCGAGCUUCAAAGACCAGGAGAGUGCCAUGCGCAAACUGUUUCGCAAGGGUAGCUCCAGCAAGUUCAGCCUCUCUUCUCGUCUCGGAAAGGAAUCAGGCCUCUUUAAGAAGGGUCCCGGCAGCACGACCAACUCGGACAAGAAUUACUCCAUGGAGCGCUCAAGCAUCGGCGACAUCGAUGACCUGGGAGAAGACCUGGGCCACUUGGGCCGCAGCUACGACAGUGUCGGAAGCAGCCCGUCGCUAGGGCCUUCAAAGUCCAAGGAGAGCAAGGAAGGUCGCAUCGCCGGGUGGAGCAGCCGAUUUUCGAUGAACUCGAUCAAGAAGAAGGGCAAAGAGGCAAAGGAGAGUCUGGAUAUUGAACGGUCGGGAACCGAGACGGAGGCGGAGGAGAAGAAGGAAGUGUAG